ACUGCGUUACCAUGUCAUACCUCGAAGUAAGAUCACACUUCCCUGGAAGAAGCAAUAUAUGCCUAAAACGAACAUAAAUAACCAACCUGAAAGUGUUAAAUGGUGGAACCAUGAAAGCAUCUAAACAGAUGUUUUAUUGUUGGUGGUUUUAAUUAUAUUUCUUCGGGGAGCACGGUGUAAACCAUUUACCGUUGAAGCAGACGACAUGGUCCUCCAAAUGGCAGCUAAAGACGGCAAAUCAGACAGAGGAUGUUUUCCGUGCUUGAUUUCAAAGAACAAGAACAAACAGAGAUUUGAAUUUUUUUGCAAAAAUAAUAUUUAUAUUGGAUGCGAGCCGUCACAACCGAAGAAUAGUAAGUCUAGUCUGCUGUGCAAUGUUACCUACGGCUAUGUUCAGCGCAUGUUUGUUUUAACUUCUCUACUGAGGAAUUCCGCUAAGAAAAGGAGGGUCCAGUUUUGCAAAGAUGAACUGCUUAUAGAAUGUCCAUCGGAAAAGCGAGUUCUCCUCCGUGCUGUCGGUGCCUCAGCGGAUUAUACACAUCUGCAUUUAACGCAACAUUUUCUGCAUGUAGAGGAUAUUACCUGCAACUCCACACUAUCUACUACAACCGCUCCUCAAGAUGUAGGCAACAAGCAAGACAUACUGCCGCGAGUUCGACAAAGAUGUGAUUCUUCUUUCAUCAGAGAGAUAUGGUUUGAAAGGCAUAAAAGAAACAAAAGAGCUAGUUCACGCAACUGCAAAGUUCAUCUGAUAGCCGAUCAUUUAUUUUUUUCCCACUUUGGUCACUCCAAUAUCGAGCGGUCGGUUCGUGAAAUGUUAUCUGCAAUCAGUUUCGCGGAUAAUGUAUUCCGUAGUACCGAUUUUGAUGGCGAUAGAUCUGGAGACAACAUAGGCUUCAUUGUUGCCAACAUAACUGUCAUUCAGGAAAUAGAAUCAUCAAAACUGGAAUACUUUCCUUUUGCCCAAAACGCCCGAGAAUAUUUGAACAGCGUUUCAAAGAAUAAUUUUGAGGAUUACUGCCUAGCCAUAGUAUUUACUUAUAUUGAUUUUAGUGGUGUAGUUGGUAUUUCAUAUAGAGCAAAAAUAAAUUCGAAUGAUGUAGAAAGUGGAGUCUGUAGUGGGUUUCAGAAAGCAAAUUUUGAUCAUGAUCAGCGGAGCCUAAAUACAGUAGUUGUAUCCUAUUUUAAUAUAAAAUCACGAGAAAAAGUACAUAUUGCAUUGGCUCAUGAACUAGGGCACAGUUUUGGAAGUGGCCAUGAUGAUGAUACAGACUGCAGUGCUAGCUAUACUGGGAGGCAGUUUUUAAUGCACAGCAACAACAUCAAAGGCAGUGACAUCAGCAACUUCAGAUUCUCUUCUUGCAGCGUGCAACAGAUGAAACUAGUGCUGGAAAAACAAGCCCAGUGCCUGGCAGUCAGGUUAGGGCCUGUGUGUGGAAAUACUCUUGUUGAAGAAGGUGAAGGAUGUGACUGUGGUUCACCAGACAUCUGUGAGUUUAUUGACAGAUGUUGCACACCUGCUGGCAAAAAUAUAUCAGACACCAGCACACCUUGCAUGCCCAGCAACUCACGUGGUGCUCAAUGUUCACCAGUUUCAUCCCUUGUUGCACCAAUGACUGCAUGCCUGUUCCAAUUGAACAAAGAAAGGUGUGUCGUGCUGAAACAGAGUGCUAUUUUGCAGCAUAUUGUGGAGAAUCAGGAAGUGAAUGCCCAGUAUCAAUCAUGAAAUCAAAUGGAACACCAUGCGCAAAUGGAACCAAGCUGUGCAACAAUGGAGUCUGCCAUGUCAGUUUGUGUGAAAGCCGAGGUUUGAUGAACUGCCAGUGCCAAGCACAAGAAAAGAAUCUGUGCAAGAUGUGUUGUAAAACAAAUGAAUUCCUCGGAAUGUCUUCCUGCUCAUUAUUUUAACAUUUUGAGUCCUGAAAAUCAAACUCUUUUUCUCAAGCCAGGAGAAGGUUGUGGCAAUGGCAAGGGAACAUGCAAUGUAGACUAUGCUUGCAAUUUUGGUGGCUUUUCAGCAGCAGUGUUGGCAGAUUACUUUUCUGGGGCAUGGUUAUCUAGGUACUGGAAACAGGUGUUGAUUUGCUUCACCAUACUGCUUAUACUUUUUCUUCUGUUUUUGCUGACAAAGCAACGUUACUCACCACAUACCAACACUUUCACACUGAUCCAGUUGAACACACUCCUAAUAAAUGCACAGGAAGAAAAACAGAAAUGUGAGAAAGAGUUAGAAGCAGCUAACAAACUUUGUCAAGAACUUGUGCAAAAAAUCCAACAAGGAAACAUUCAGAGUGACUAUGUUUUUGCAGUAACUCGAUUACAUAUCUUGUUUCCUUCCGUAGAUAUGGGUACUUUAACAAAUGUAAUAGGAAUAUCAUCAAAUGAGGAGAUGGCUGUACGCUUGCUGUUGAACAUGCAUUAUCCUAUGACGGAUAUCAAGAAUGUUACUACUGGGUUUAUCAGCUCAAAGAAUAAAGAGAAGAAACAGUGAAGAACAUGCAAGUGGUGACAAGUAGCCCAGGAAAAAAUUGUGGUCUGUUUAAAAACUGGAGGAAAAAGCAAGGAUUUAUCCCCUAAUGCCUGAGUUGAUGACACAUAAAGCACAUCUUUGCAGCCUCUAGUGCCGUAAUGUGAAGACUUUGUAAAGUAUUUGCAGAUAUUUCUUUACAGGGAAAAAACUAUAUAACAGUACCAUCAACCUCCAUCUGAUUGUAACAACGAAUAUUAGGAGAAAAAAACUUGAAUAAUUAAGCUAAUUGUUUAGAGCAGAGACAUGUAUGAUAUAAAAAAAAUGUUGGCAUAAUAGCAGCCUUUUAGAACUUUUUUCGCUAUCUACAUGCCUUGUCAAUAAAAACACAUACAAGAAUGCCCUUUUGCCGCAAGUCGAAAUAAAAUAGAUCAAGGGUAAUGUAA